CGCAAUCAAGACUGGGGAUCCUCCGAGGCUUCGUCGCCACUCUCGGAUCCCGACACGAUGUCAGAUAAUCACACAUUAGUACAUGGCACCACAGUCAAGACGGGCAUCGAUUCGAUCUCUAGCGCCUCGCGAUCCAAGGCCAAACAGACUCCACAGAGCUCCGCAGACCCCGAACAGACGAACAAGCGAAAGCGCAAGGCUGCCGCUGACGGCGCCGAGCCCGCCAGGCCAGAGAGGAAGCGAAGAACCAAUCCCAGGGCUUCGGACGUCGCGGCUACGCGGAGCAUAGGCCCGAUCACGUCAUCGGUCGUCGAGGAGGAGCAUGAAGCCCGUCGUACCGUCGACGACAGCAUCCCUAUAUAUUUAGAUAAGCUUAUCGAGAAAGUACAAGAUCUGGAAGCCCUAGUGGAGCACCAAAACAAGGAACUCAGGGCUCUGAAGAGCCAGCUGAGUCGCAUGGAAAAGAGCCACAGCGAGAACUUCCACAGGCUGCUUAAGCUCUACGAGGAUCGACAAGAUGCUCCACCCAAUGCGCAGCAGCCCCGCGCGCCUCCUCCACGGACACUCGGCCAAUUCACCCCCAAUUAUCACAGCGACCGCGGAGGUCCCAACUGGCAACCUCCCGCGGACGAUCAGUCGGUCUAUGCUUUCGACGGCUCGCCGCAGCGAUACGCGCAACGCCAAAGCCCCGCCGACAACCAUCAGCACCCGAACAUUUUAGAGCCGUCGGAGCCCAUGAGGGCGCCGCCUCACCCCUUCCCCCAUCGAGGUCGCGGGUUCGGUCGCGGGCGCGGGCGCGGGGCAUUCAGGCAGCAGCCCCGGCAGUCGCCAUACCACCAGGACCUCGCGCACGCCGCCCCAGACACCGACUACCGCGCGCAGCCCUCCAGAAGAGGCUACGGCGACUCCAGUCAUACGCCCCCGCGCCUGCCCUAUUCGCAGUACAACGGGACGUGGCCUGCCUGAAGUGGGGCCUCGGGUGCAGGUGCGGACGCUGAGCUGCAUUGAGGCCCAGACGAGCGAGGUGAGCACGCGGGCAGGCUCGAUCUCCUCGCGAUGCUCCGUGCGGGGCCCUGUGCCACGAGCCAUCAGUUGCAGGCGCGGCGAGUCCGCAGGCGCCCUGUCCGCGCAUAUUUUCUUUACUUCUUUUUUGCAUGCUUCCAUCUCCGCCGUUCUUCUGUACUGUACACAAUGCUCUCACGCACACAUCCCGCGCGCGUGCGCGCCCAUCCCCAACCCACCCGCCAUGUAGUACCAUCUUGAUACGACGAUUCCGUGCUCAAUGAUAUCCUCGCUGUCCCAUCCC